AUGAUGGAGAAAGCGCUGCUGCUGUUUGGACUCGUGGUUUUGGCCACCUCACACGCUAUCCCAGUUUCCCUUGAAGUACACGAGGUGUAUGAGAAUGGUGAAGAUGAGAAUCCGAUUCUAAACCCAGGUUCAGAUGCCAACCUCAUCGAGGGAGACAUCUUACUCCCUGAGGGAAGAAAUGCGCUGAUUGAUAAAACAUACAGAUGGAAAUUUCCAAUCCCCUACAUUCUGGGUGAUGAUCUGGAUCUGAAUGCCAAAGGCUGCGUCCAUCAGGCGUUUGAAAUGUACCGGCUCAAGUCUUGUGUCGACUUCAAGCCUUAUGAGGGAGAGAAGACCUUCAUCAAGUUCGAAAAGAGAGGAGGGUGUUUCUCCAGCGUUGGCGACCAGCAGGAAGGUCAGAUCCUGUCUUUGGGGUCAGGCUGUGACCACAAGGCAGUGAUUGAACACGAGUUACUCCACGCUCUGGGAUUCUACCACGAACAGUCACGCACAGACAGAGAUGACUAUGUUGAUAUCUGGCUAGACCAAGUUGAAUCAGGACUUCAGCACAACUUCAACAAAUACAAUGACGACUUCAUCACCGAUCAAAACACGGCGUACGACUACGAGUCUGUCAUGCAUUACAGACCCUUCUCCUUCAAUAAGAACGAAUCCAUCCCCACUAUCACCACCAAAAUCCCAGAGUUCUACAACAUCAUUGGCCAGUACCUCGACUUCAGCGAGAUGGAUGUCCUUAGGCUCAACCGCAUGUACAACUGCUCUGGACCACUCACCCUGCUGGACCAGUGUGCCUUUGAGUACGCAAGUAUCUGCGGGAUGAUUCAGGCCUCCACCGAUGAUGCUGACUGGAUCCACACCAAAUCUACUGUGGAUUCAGAGGAUCACACACUCCUGGGGCGAUGCAGAGAUGCUGGGUACUUCAUGCACUUCAACACCAUGAGUGGGAGUCCUCAGGAGUCUGCUCUGCUGGAAUCCCGAACCCUCUACCCCAAGAGAGAGAUCAAGUGUCUGCAGUUCUUCUACAAAAUGACGGGAAGCCCCAAGGACAGGCUGGUGAUAUGGAUCAAGAUGGAUGACGGCACAGGCACUGUUCGCAAAAUGAAGAAGAUACACACAUUCUAUGCGGAUUCUGACCACACCUGGAAAAUCGCCCACGUCCCAAUAGAAGUAGGAGUGAAAUUCCGCUAUGCUUUCCAAGCCGUGCGCGGUGACCCCACUUCAUCUACUGGUGGUAUCUACAUCGACGACAUCAGCCUGACUGAGACGCGCUGCCCCAACGCCGUGUGGACGAUCCAGAACUUCUCCAAGAUCAUGGAAACGGCCGACACCUCUACAUAUAUCGACAGCCCACGUUUCUACAGCCCUGAAGGCUACGGUUACGGCGUCCGUGUCAUGCCUUUGUCAACUUACACUGACUACACUGGCAACUACACUGGGCUGUACUUCCACCUGAUCAGUGGGGAGAAUGACGUGGUGAUGCAGUGGCCAGCGGUAAACAGACAGGCCACCUUGGUGGUGAUGGACCAAGACCCAGACAUCAAGCUGAGGAUGUCCACCGCUCGCAGUCUCACUACCAACUUGGCGACAACACCAGAUGGAAAAUAUAUGUGGGACCAUCCCUCCAAGGUGGGGACGUAUGACCCCUCAUGUAAAUGCUACAGAGGCCCAACGUGGGGCUGGAGGAACUUCGUCAAGCACUUCGACCUCAGGCGGCGCAAUUACCUCAAGAACGAUGACCUCAUCAUCUUCAUUGACUUUGAAGAUAUAGCAUCACUCAUCAAAACAGAAGUUCCCAUUAAGCCAGUGAAAUAAGGUCAUGCAAGAUUUUGUACAGCGAUGAAUCGUAGCAUACGCAGCUGGGAUGACAAGAAAAACCUGUGAAGAUGACGACAGGAUGGGAGAUUACGGCGGAAUCACAAUUAUACAUAAAAUAUACAAAAUGUAGAGUGAUGUUUGGUAAAAAUUGUGUACAUAAAAGUUAAAAUA